AUGGUUCAAGUCUGGUAUAUGGACGACACUGAUAGCGAUCAACGUUUAGAUCAUCAUAGACAACCUCCAAAAUAUCUUUCUUUGUCUGAAUUAUUCAAACGUACUGGAGUGGAACAUUUCAAGAUCAAUCCACAAAAUUACGGAUCAGAUAAAAUAUUACAAGAGUUAAGGUCAAAGCGCGGAUAUUCUUAUGAAGAUGAGAUUGUGUGUUCAGAAGAAUGCUUGCGAGAUUAUGAUAAUAAACUGAAAACUUUUUUUACGGAACAUCUACAUACUGACGAAGAGAUUCGAUUAGUAUUAGAAGGAUCAGGAUACUUUGAUGUUCGAGAUAAAAAUGAUGAAUGGAUACGGAUCAAAGUUCAAUCAGGAGAUUUGAUAAUUAUUCCUAGCGGGAUAUAUCAUCGAUUUACGUUGGACAUGAAUAACUACAUAAAAGCAAAACGUUAUUUUGUUGGUGAACCAGUAUGGCUACCUUAUAACCGGCCAGCUGAUGAAAUGGAAUGCCGUCAAACAUAUUUAGAGCGUUUAAAAAAUAAUUUUAAUGCUGUUAUAUAA